GGCUACUUGUUGUGCAUAAUUGCCACUGGGGCCCAGCCGAGACGCGGCAGCAACGCUGGUCGUGGGGUUAGCGAAGCAGCAGGAGGGUGCGCGUGUGCAGGGAGGAGGGUGUCUUUUGAGUCGCCUCGCCAUGGUGGACAGCAUCUACCGGACCCGCUCGCUGGGCGUGGCGGCCGAAGGGCUGCCGGAUCAGUACGCGGACGGCCGAGCGGCGCGGGUCUGGCAGCUCUACAUUGGCGACACGCGGAGCCGCACGGCCGAGUACAAGAACUGGCUGGUGUCGCUGCUGCGGGGCCAGCGCUGCAAGACGGUGCUCGACGUGGCCUGCGGCACCGGUGUGGAUUCCAUCAUGCUUGUUGAGGAAGGAUUCAGGGUCACCAGUGUGGAUGCCAGUGACAAGAUGCUCAAAUAUGCCUUGAAGGAGAGAUGGAAUCGUCGAAAAGAGGAUGCUUUUGACCAUUGGGUAAUUGAGGAAGCAAAUUGGCUCACCCUGCCACAGGACCUACAGAAGCCCGGAGAGGGCUUUGAUGCCGUCAUCUGCUUAGGGAACUCUUUUGCUCACCUCCCAGAUUUUAAAGGUGACCAAGAUGUUCAUAAACAAGCUCUGAAGAACAUUGCCAGUAUGGUGCGUCCUGGUGGCAUCCUUGUCAUUGACCACCGUAAUUAUGACUACAUCCUGGAAACAGGUUGUGCCCCUCCUGGGAAGAACAUUUACUACAAGAGUGACUUAACUAAGGACAUCACUACUUCAGUGCUUCUAGUGAACAACAAACCAAGUAUGGUGACACUGGAUUAUACAGUGCAGGUCCCACCUGAGGGGAAUGAUGGAAACCCAGAACUAAGUCAGUUCCGUCUCUCAUACUACCCUCAUCGCCUGGAGCCUUUCACAGAACUGCUGAAAAAUGCCUUUCAAGGUCCUUGUGAACACAGUGUCCUGGGGGACUUCAAGCCAUACACCACAGGGCAGCAAUACAGCCCAUGCUAUUUCAUCCAUGUGGUGAAGAAAAUUGGCUGAGAACUACUGCUCUGCAGUCUAUUCCAGCAAGCACAUGAUCUCUCUUCGGUUGCUGGAGGGGCCAGUGGGAUGACAGUGCAUGUGCAUAGGAGGUACCUGAACCAGAAGAUGAAGAAUUGGAAGGUUUUUCCUUCCCUCUUCUUUGUUUUCUAAGGGGUUAGUCUGCUUUGGGAGAUUGGAGGAGCUGCUGGCUCAAAUCAGUGACCUCCAAGGGAAGGAGGUGGCAAUGGUUUGCUUUACAUCCGAAUCGUAUGCGAAGUUGAAUAGCUUACUAAACUGUACUUUGCUGUUUCUUGAUACCCUUUUAAUAUUUUGCUUCUUUUCCUGAAGUUGCCUUAAUAAUUUGCAUCAAUGUUUGAGAGAGAGUUUACCAACAAAUGUGGUUAUGUGUGUUUCUUCAGAGGGGUGAAGGAGAGAUGAGCAAAUAUUCAUGGCUUAGUCCAAGUGUGGCUAAUGCCCAGUUUAGGGGCCUUAAGCGGUUUUUUCUGGCCCUUCAAAACCCUACCAAUUUUGGUGUUGGCAGCAGAAAAAAAAAGACAUAAUUUGGGGCAAAAAUCCUCCCUCUCAACUGGUCUGUAGAGCAGGUGAGAGUGCUUGGCAGAGGGUCAAUUAGCAAAGGGCGAAUAUGGCCCUGGGGCAGGGGUGGUUAGCCACCUUUGCCUUUGUUGCUCACAGUGAGGGAACUCAUGACUGAGGAUCUCUUCUGUCGUUUAGGAUUCUGAAGAAGGAAGCUGUAGCAUAGUUCCCAUUCAUUUCAUUAGGCACUUAUUCAGGAGACUUUUUAUGCGUAAUGUCCAGAGUUCUUGAUCAGGGAAAUGCUUAAUGGAAGCACACUGAUUAGCUUUCAUGUAUUUGACUUUUAGACAGGGCCUGCUGCUGCCAUCUACCCUGGACACUUAAAAAAAUGCACAUGCAUUUUCCCUUACAAUGUACCCCAAAACUACUGGUAAUACUUAGCUCCAUUUUGCCUUGCCAACAGAGCUAGAUGGAGCAGAAAAAUAUUCUGCACAGGUUGGUAUAGGCAGUGACUGAGCAAUUUGGAUAAGAUGUACAUAUAAUGUUACUGAUAGAGGGCUUGCUUGAUUUAGACCUGGAUAAGGUCACCCUCUUCUAAGCUCAGUUAUGUAGUUUGAUGAUGUUGUAGACCUGAUACAGCUCCUCAAUGCUUAGAUAGCAGCCAAAACCAGAAGUGCCUUUUAGCAGCUUAACUAGUUUGCCACUCUUGGGAGGACACUUGGCCACUCUGAUACAUACAUUGGUAACCUCCAGGGUGGAUGAUUUAUUGGUAAAUGUUAUAUGUGGAUCUAUUUUUAAACUGGAAAAUUUUGUUAGUUCAAAAUGCAAUUGCCUGUUUAAUCACAUGAUUUGGCCAGAGGAAGAAAGUCUUAAUUUAUAAGCUGCUUUUGUAAAGCUGCUGUGGAAUGCAAUAAAAUGCUGUGGACACUU